GGAAACAUGUAAAAAAGUUCGUUUCGUACAACCCCUAAAGUAUUAUGUGCGUACUGGCGAUGGCAUAGUCGGAAAUCAAUAUGAAAAAGUAGUACUAAAUAAAGGUUUUUCAUCACCUGAACUGGGCGACGACUACGUUCAUUUUAUACAGACUAGAGAAAACCCAAACAGUAUUACCGCUGUAAUUCGUUUGCGUUUUAAUAUAAUUUGCACACCCAAUUCUGCAAGGAAUUUUAGAUUUAUUCUGUCGACAUCAGGAGAGGACAUAUACAAGUCUGAUGACGAGGGUAUCUACGAUGCCAGACAUUCAUAUGAACCAUAUACAAAAAAGAUAGAAGUUGCCCGCCUUAUUCCACAUUCAAAUUAUACAGUUCGAGUCAUAACGACAACCGCUGUCGAUAUGAAGCCAGAAACCACAACUCGAACCUUUACAACCCCCGAAGGAGUGCCAAGCCAUAGUCCUGAGUUACAGCCAACUUUUCUUGGAGUGUAUGAUUGUACUGAAAAUAAAAGAAAUGUGACGGUGAACUGGAAGUUUCCAGAUCCGAGGGAACGAAAUGGCGUGAUAAGGAACGUAACCGUGAAAUAUUUUACGAAGAAUUCUAAUCCAAAAUAUAUCAAUCUGCCCAGAGUAACAACAACCACGAUUUUUGGGUUGGAUUGUGAUACCGAGUAUAGUGUACAAGUUCGAGCAUGUUACCAUGGUAACACAAAUUGCAGCGCGUACAGCAAAAUUAGAGUUAUCACGGCCCGCCAUGUCGAUAUUGAUCGCCAAACAGGUGAUGAUAACAAUCGUCGUCCUCUGUGGAUCAGCCUUGGCAUUGGCGUGCCAUUGAUCCUUGUACUUUUCAUAGUGUCUCUGUAUUGUAUUUGCAGGAAAAAAAAGAAAGUACUCGAGCCGCUCACAGAGAAUGACAUCAACGGGUAUUAUAAUCCAGAUGGUAAAGAGUUGUCUGACGUGGGAGAAUAUUGGGGGCUAGAGGACGAUGCAGAAAACAAAUCCGAACAAGCUAGUUCCUAGGCUCACAAGAAACAAGACUGAAUUAUAAGGAGUAAGACUACAGUAUAUCUAUAUGGUUUCAUUGGACAAAUAUCUCAGCUUUUCAACUUUGAACAUUAACUCUGCUCUUCAAAAAUAUAUAGUUAUAUCUCAGUUAUGUAUAAAUAUUAGGUUCGCCUAAUAUGUUAUAUACGCCCCAUAGGUUUUAGGUUGGGAAUUUGUGAAUACCUGCAUGAUCUUGAAAAUCUCACGUUUUCAAAAAAAAAUUGCUUAAAUAAUAUGGCAAUAAAAAUUAUCUCUGUUUUGUUGAAAAGAAAAUUUACUCUUCUUAUUAAGCCUGUUUAGGAAAUUUGUUUAUCUUCAUGCGCAAGAUAUUGGCGAUCAAAAACAUCGGAUAUCGAGAUAUAUCCGCCAUCUUGUUUUGUAAUGAGACUCUAGU